AUGGAAGCAUUCCAGACCACCAUCUUUGCAGAAGCGGGGAUCAGUGAAACAGAAAUCUUGGAAACCUCAAAAUUGGGUUUGCCAGAAGAAGAAGGGUCUUCAUUACUGUCCCUUCGGGAGCGGUUUCGCACAGUGGGCGCUGCUGCCAACCCGACUGCCUUGAGGCAAGCAAUGCAAAGCCAUCCAGAACCAAUGCUAGCAAUGCAAGGAAUCUUACAAAAGUGCACUGCUGCUACGCCUGCUGUUGUGAGCAGGCAAGCAAGCACAAGCACAAACACAACAGACAAACAGGAUGAUGUCAUCGCAUACGGUGGCUUGCAUUUUGAAGGUGGCCUGGCCUUGGAUGCUUCCUACACUCAAAUGGCUUCCACCAAUGCCGAUGAGAUUCAAUGGGGACGCAUCUGUCUUGGUGGGCUUCACUUAGGUGCAGCUUUUGCAAUCACUUUUGGAAGUGUCCCUACCAAUGACCCGGCUGCAGUUCCCUGUGUUUAUUGGUGGGCCGAGAUUGAUCUUCCUCUUCUGGUACUCCCUUUUUCUUAUUCCAUAGGCAUUGGAGCCAAUGGUUUGACUAUGGCUGAACUGGGUCUUCUUGGGUUUGGCCUCAGUGUCGGCCUUGGAGGUUCCAUGUGUGGUGUCUUUGCUGUCUGA